AUGAGUGUGGCGAAGCUUGUUGCUGAUGACAGUGGAGCUUGGACAAGAAGUUGGAUACGCAAUUUGAUUAGAGGACUGCACAUGGAAAAGACCGUUAUUAAAUACAUGACAGACAGUAAUCUCCUCAGAGAAUGCUUGGGCGAUGCUGAUCUGGACCAAUAUAGGACAAUCAUCAUAGACGAGUUCUUUUCCUUGUUUUUUUUGAAUGUUACUUGCGAGCUUAUGAGAACUCGACUAAGUGAGCUGGAUGAAGCUCCGCUUGCCGUGUUUCCCGUAUACUCUCAGUUGCUAGUGAUCUACAGAUUUUCUUCGUUUCGCAAGCCUCUGCUAACCAGAGGUCGGGUGGUGCGGGUCUUACGGAACCUGGUCAGUGCCUCCGUUUUGUACACAGAACGGCAGUUCAAAGAGGAAAUGAUUGUCUCAACAGCCCCUGAAAUCAAGCGUACGAAUCUCUCAAAUGAAGUUUUGCUGCUGGAAUCUCUCGAUGUUGAUGAUCUUCUCAAAUUCCACUUUAUGGACGCACCACCGAAGAUAACAUGCUAA